AUGGGUAUCUUUGGACGUGCCGCACCCGCUCGCGUGGAGACCGAUAAGGUUAUCCCUUUGGGCUUCUUGGACAACAGCCCGGUGAUGACGAGAAUUGUCCUGUAUAACUUGAUGGCUUACGAUGACGUCCUUGAUCCCGAGAAGCUUCGUGAUGCCCUUGACCGGCUGGUACAAAGACCGGGCUGGGGGAAAAUGGGAGCUCGACUCCGAAGCAACGCCAAAGGAGGACUCGACUAUCACGUCCCAGCCGUCUUCUCCAACGAUCGCCCAGCCAUUGGCUACACCCACAUUGUACAUGACAUGAAGAGGGAAGACCACCCGUUAGCAAGCAAGCUCCCCAAGCCAACAACCAAUGCUGGCGCAACAAUCGUGGCAGACCCUGACGAGUUCUUGCCCUUGGCUAAAGGGCCGGACUGUCCAGGUGUUGUCGAUGACUACCUAUACUCAGACCGGCCCAUGUUCGGCCUCCACAUCGUCUCUUUCACAGACUCGACGCUCGUGACGCUACACUGGCUACACAUCUCUUGUGACACGCUGGGCAACAAGGCCGUAAUGCAGAACUGGAUCUUGAUGCUUGAGGGACGAGAUGACGAGGUCCUUCCGCAGGCUGGAUUCGAGAGCGACCCCUGCGCUGACCUCGGCAAAUAUCCGAUUGAGACACAUGUACUCGAGAAAGAGCGUAUGUCGAGUGGCGCAAUGGCAGGCUGGCUGUUCAACAACUUGGGCGAUUUGGCAUUCCGCGCCAAAGAAAACCGCAUGGUUUGUCUGCCCGGUGCGUAUGUAGACAAGAUGUUCGACACCGCCAUGGACGAGCUCAUGAGCCAAGCCGAGGUGGGAAAGAAGCCCUUCCUGACCGAAAACGACAUCCUCACUGCCUGGUGCACCCGAAUGGCCUUGAGCCACCUCCCACCAAACUCAGAUACGCCCGUCACGAUUCAGCUGGCAGGGUCUAUGAGAAAGUCACUCAAGGUAGAUCUACUGCCCACCGAUCAGCCGUACGUAGCAAACUGUUUCGGUUUCAUGAACGUGCUGCUACAGGCCAGUGAUAUCCUCAGCAAGCCGCUCAGCUACACUGCGGCGAAAAUUCGAGAGGCCGUUAAUGCCCAGCGAUCACGCGGACAGCUUGAGGCCUACUGGUCCAUGUACCGAGAGCAGGCUGUCGCGUUGCCAAUAUUCUUUGGCUCAAGCCGGACUCACCAGCUCAGCUACUCUAACUGGACCCAAUCCGACCUCUUCAACAUGGACUUUUCUGCCGCUGCCAUCAAUCCACGCAGCGAACCGUGUCUGCCGUCGUACAUCAACCACAGCCAGAUGCCUUUCCAGUUCGGAGAGGGAUUCCUAUUCAUGGGCAAAGACUCGAAGGGCAACUACUGGAUGUGUGGAUACCGUGUCAAAGGCAAGUGGGCGGAAAUACAGAAGACUCUGGAGGCUGAGGCGAGGGCUAUGGCUUAA